UUAGGCAUUGGAAGAAAGUAUCUAAUCCGGAGCAGUUGUCACCAUGAAGUUAACCGUUGUACUUUUGGCACUCGUCGGCCUUGUGGCUGCCGCUAACGUACCCCUCACCAGCAAAGUUCCCGUUGCCGAUCAUGCCUUCUUGGCGAAACAGAAGUUCCUCUUGGAAAUCGUCUACCGCGUGGAGGAUCCUCUGAUGUUCGAGGAUUACCUUAAGUUGGGCCACUCUUUGAGCUAUGAUCAGACACAUUACACCCAAUUCGAUCAUCUCAUGAAGGUGUUCUAUGAGUCCUACAAACAAGGCGCACUCUUACCUAGAGGUGAAUUCUUCGGUGCGCUCGUUAAGACUCACCACAAACAAGCGCAUGGUCUGUUCAACUUCUUCUACUACGCCAAGGAUUGGGAAACCUUCCAACAAAAUGUCGCUUGGGCUCGCAUCCAUGUCAACGAAGGCAUGUUCGUCUAUGCACUGACUUUGGCUGUCAUUCAUCGUGAUGACUUCAAGGGUCUGAUGCUGCCAUCCAUUUACGAAAUCUUCCCACAAUNGAGUGGUUAUCCAAUGCAAUUCUUCUUCUACAUUGCACCAUACGUAGGAUCUGUCGAAGAAUCUGCCAAUAUGGAUUACACAUAUUAUUGCGGCAUUGGUUCCGGCGAACGUCACACUGAUAACAUGCCAUUCGGUUAUCCCUUGGAUCGCCCAAUUGACGAAUACGAAUUCCUCGUACCCAACAUGUACUUCAAGGAUGUGAUGAUCUACCACAACAACACUCUGAAGCCAUACAUGUGGUCCCAGUACAAGAACAUGGGUCACUUCGAUUACGAUUUCGCCAAAACCAAUAACUGGAACUAAACGAUGUGCUCAAGCUGGCUGUGUGACUGAAGAUAACAUCGCAAUUGAAACUAGUUAAGCAUUAUAUAUGUAUGUAGAAAUGUUCGAAAUGGAUAUUGCUGUGAUGAGGUUCUAUUGCAGAAUUGUUAAUCGGAUAGUUUUAUAGUUUGUUAUAUAAGUUUUAAUAAAGAGAAAUUAAUUGCAAACGAUUGCUACGGCAAUUCAAAACUUAAAAAAAAAAAA